CUUGGCCUUGUGUGCCGCAUGAAGAUCAUAGAGCUGGGUCUUCUUCAAUGCAGAUGCAGCAGACGAGGAUGAAGAGAAGUUCAACCUUGCGCCUGCCUGAUGAAGGGAAGCGUUGACUUGAUAGAACAAUGGCACGCAACCGGGACGGGAAGUGUUGGUGAUUGUGCGGAGAGCGGCCUGCGGCUGUGAUCGGGCGUGAGAGCUCAACAAUCUGGAGCCAUUGGCAGUUCUGAAGACGGGUGUGGCAUAUCCAGACCGUAGCCGUAAGACAGUGGUCCCUUUCAGAAGGGAACGGGCAGUUAAUGGCUUCAUGGUGGAACGUAUGCCAACCUGCAGUUUGACAACAAAUGAAGGUUGAGAGUUGGGGGAAGUUUUGGCGGGGGGCAGAUCCCGGGGCAGAGGUCCAGGUCACGUGUUGAUAAGGUCUCGGGCGAGACAAGACGGCUUCUGGAAUGAGACGCGACCGACCAGUGCGGUCUUGGCAUUUCCGGAAAGCCGCUACAGCCGCCGAGCCUCAUUAGCCCGGAGUGUUUGCGGGCAAUUGGCGAAGCAGGAGAUCCGGGAGCCGCUAGUCUACCCUGGGACUAGUGGCGGAUAUGAAGUGUCCCCCCCGCGAAUAAGCGCGCGGAACCAAUUCCGUACGGAUCUUGGGGCAGCUCCUACUUGCUAUCAAGAUCUCCGAGAGUUCCCAACUUUAAUCUUCUGCCGUACCAGUCAGUGUACAUGUAAAUGUACUUGUCCAUGUUCUGUAGGUAUCGCAACCAUAGGCAUAGGCUCACUUUUAUCAGAUAUUUCUCCUCCUUGACCAUGGCAUCUUCCUGGCUUCACAUUCCCAAGGAAUCUCCUUUCUCGCUAGCAAACAUCCCUUUCGGAAUCAUCUCCACUACUGCCUCACCUAAUCCUCGCCCAGCAGUCGCAAUUGGUGAUCAUGCCCUAGAUCUCUUCGUCUUCUCUUCCGGCGGCGGCUUUUCCCAGUUGUCGUCCUUUCAGCAACACCUUGACGUGUUUGCCCAGCCGACAUUGAACGAUUUUGCAGCUCUUGGUCGACCUGUUCACCGCCAGGUGCGGGAAUAUCUGCAGGCGGUUUUCAAAGAGGACACUCCCUUCCCGGAGGUCCUUAAAGCAAACGAGAAUCUUAAGCAAUCAGCACUGGUUCUGCGAAAAGAUGCCACUAACCAUCUUCCCCUGAGCAUUGGUGAUUACACAGACUUCUAUGCGGGCCUCAAUCAUGCUUACAACGUGGGAGUUCUGUUCCGUGGGCCCGACAACGCCCUCCAGCCAAAUUACAAACACCUGCCUGUCGGCUAUCACGGACGAGCGUCAUCCGUCAUCCUCUCCGGACAGCCUAUCCGGCGACCCAAUGGACAAAUUCUCGCCAAUCCAGCUGCUACCCCCAAGGAACCUAUCUUCUCUCCUUGCAAAAAACUAGACAUCGAACUCGAGCUGGCCGUCUUCGUCGCCCAAGGCAACAAGCUAGGCGAACCCAUACCCAUCGACAAAGCCGAGGAUCAUCUCUUCGGCGUUGUGCUGAUGAACGACUGGUCUGCACGGGACAUCCAGGCCUGGGAAUACGUGCCACUGGGCCCCUUCAAUGCGAAGAACUUCGCCACCACCAUCACGCCCUGGGUGGUCCUGAUGGAUGCCUUGGAGCCAUUCCGCGCACAGGGCCUGGAGCCCGGCAACCCGCUGCUCCCAUAUCUGCAGGAGAAAAAGGCGGAGAAUGUAUAUGAUAUCCCGCUGGAAGUGCAUCUUGUCGCAAACGGCAAGGUCACCAAGAUUGCCGAGUCGAACUCGAAAAACCUGCUCUACUCCUUCUCGCAGAUGUUGGCUCAUCAUUCGAUUACAGGAUGUAACAUGCGGACUGGCGAUCUUUUGGGCAGCGGGACGAUCUCUGGCGACAGAUCGGGAACUCUGGGGAGUUUGUUGGAGAACACCAACGGUGGAAAGAAUCCGAUUAGACUUGCUGAUGGGUCUGAGCGGGUUUUCUUACAGGAUGGCGAUGAGGUUAUUCUGCGUGGUGCAUGCGGGAAGGAGGGGAGUUAUGUUGGCUUCGGCGAUUGCACUGGCGUUAUAAUUCCAGCUCCUCAAAUCUAGGUACGAUGGCGAUAAUGUUCUGAAUCAUAUGGUUACUUUAUACAAUUUGUAACAAGGAAUAGUUAUUCAUAAAACAAUUUAAAACCUUGACUAUGUAUAGUCAUGUGAAAAGUAAACAUAGAAGGAGCUAGCUAAGCAGUAUUACUAGACCUAGUUCUUCUUAAAGUAGUUCUUGCUUCUUUCUCUCUUUGUUUCUAUUGUUAAGAGUAAAUUUCUUUCUUAAUAUGAUGUUUACUGACUUCUUUAUUUUUCUUCAAGAAUUCAAUUUCUGUUUUCUUUCAUAGUUAAAAAUAAUAAAAUAAUAAAAUCAGAUUUUUUGAUAAUUUUUCUGUAAAA